AUAGUUCAUUUAUAAUAUUUUUGCAGGGGUGUUUUACUUGUACAUGAAAACUAUUGAAAGGGCUCAUAUGCCAAACAAAUUAUGGGAAAGAGUUAAGCUACACAGAAAUUAUGAAAAGGCUUUGGAGACUAUUGACAAACAUAUGCAAUAUUGGCCUAAAUUACUCGUACACAAAUUAAAGCAACGCCUCACUAAAAUGACACAAUAUCGGAUACGCAUGAGAAAGCUUCAGUUAAAAGUGAGGGAGAAAAUUAUGACAGUACCUCGGAAAGAGAAAAAGAGAGAAGCUAGAAGGGAGGAGAAGGCUGAAAGAGCUGCUGUGCUUGACAAGAGUAUUGAGAGAGAGUUGCUGGAGCGCUUAAAAAAAGGCGUUUAUGGUGAUAUUUAUAAUUACCCUGUUGAGGCCUACAACAACGUUCUUGAAAUGGAAGGGCUCGAGCCUGCUGCAGAAGAAGAUGAGGAAGAGCCUGAAAUAGAAUAUGUUGAAGGUUAUGAAGACCUUGAAGAGGAAGAAGACAUGGAAGAUUUUGGCAGUUUUGCAGAGGAAGAUAACUCUGCGGAUGAUGAACAUGAUGAUGCGCAUGAAGAUCAGCCAAAGAAAAAACAAAGAGGAUUUAGUUCUGAUUCUGUAAAGGCCGACAAAACCCUUACUAAUUCAAAAUCCAAAAGAAAUGGAAGAGUACUCAUUGAGGUUGAGGAUGAUAAGGAGAUUUCAGAUUGGCGAAAAUUGCAAUUUUGAGCUCCAGCAGCAUCAACCAAUUUUGUUCAAUGUAGUAAAUUUCAAAACUGACAAAAAUAAGUCUUCAACAUUAAUUUUGUAUUAGGCACUCGGAGUUUUUGCUGCAAGAUACCUAAGCUCCUAAGCUUUCAGGUUUGUACUAUUUAGAUUAUAUCUUAGGUCCUUGCGCAAGGAAUUUUGGGUUCUUUUUAUAUGGAUGAGCUUAUUAUUAUGUUUUAGGUCUGUCACGAAGAAAUACAUGUCAUGUAUUAUGUGAUCAGGAGUUAUUUUAAAGUUAUAUGGCUAAGCCUUCUAAGCAUA